AUGAACUCUCUCUGUGUGUGUGUGUGUGUGUGUGUGUGUGUAUGUGUGUGUGUGUGUGUGUUGUGUGUAGCAUGGGUCGGCUCUCUCUCAAUGGGUAUGAUCUUCUUCUUCUCACCGAUCGUCAGUGUGUUCACCGAUCUGUUUGGCUGCCGGAUUACAGCAGUCGGAGGGGCAGCGGUGGCGUUUGUGGGACUUCUGGGCAGUUCCUUCGUCACGUCUCUCGGGCCAAUGUACUUCACCUACGGCAUAGUCUUUGCGUGUGGCUGCAGUUUUGCAUAUCAGCCGAGUCUGGUGAUCCUGGGUCACUAUUUCAAGCGGAGGCUGGGCCUGGUGAACGGCAUUGUGACGGCGGGCAGCAGCGUAUUCACCAUCACGCUCCCCUACAUGCUGACCGGCCUGCUGAAGCGCGUGGGACUCGCCUACACGCUGCGUGUGCUGAGCGUCUUCAUGUUCAUGCUCAUGCUGGCGGGAUUCACCUACAAACCCCUGCUGCCCAAACCCCUCAGCAGCAGCAAGUCGGGCAGCCGCUUUCCCUCACUCAAGAGGGUGUUUAACAUGCACAUCUGGAGGUCUCUGGGAUACCGCAUAUGGGCCUUUGGGAUCCCUGCGGCCCUGUACGGAUACUUCGUGCCUUACGUUCAUCUGAUGAAACAUGUGGAGGAGCGUUUCGGUGCAGAUGCUAAUAAAGAGGUUCUGCUCAUGUGUAUCGGCAUCACGUCUGGAGUGGGUCGUCUGAUCUUCGGGAGAGUGGCCGACUACGUCCAGGGAGUCAACAAAGUCUUCCUGCAGGUGUCCUCGUUCCUGGUGAUCGGGCUGAUGUCGAUGAUGAUUCCUCUGUGUCAUGUGUUCGGCGGACUCAUCGCGGUGUGUCUGCUCAUGGGCCUGUUUGACGGAUGCUUCAUCUGCAUCAUGGCUCCCAUUGCAUUCGAGCUGGUGGGCUCCCAGAACGUGUCGCAGGCCAUCGGCUUCCUCCUGGGCAUGAUGUCCGUCCCCAUGACCGUCGGGCCUCCCAUCGCAGGGUUCCUCAGAGACCGUUUGGGCAGCUAUGAUGUGGCGUUUUACCUGGCAGGCAUUCCUCCGAUCAUCGGGGGGGCCGUGCUGUGUCUGAUCCCGUGGGUGGAGGCGCGGAGGAAGAGGAAGGAGGCGCAGACAGCGGCAGACACCACCGAGAAGAUGCUGGAGAGCAAGAGCGGUGCGCGGGACGGUGCAGACGGAGAGGUGAAGGCUGAGGACCCCGAGUCCGUCAUCUGAGAGCCGUGAAGGUUUACAGCGGAGAGACUGACGUGUGUGUGUGUGUGUUCAAUCCCUGCAGGAACAUGCGGAACAGGCAUAAAACAGGGCUUCUCCACAAAUUUGAUUUUUGAGCUAUGCAUCUUUCAGAACGUUUCCUUGAAUAUUUUUGUACUGAGUUUCUAGGCUUUAAAAGGGAAAGGUUAGACAAUCAUUGGAUAAGAAGGGAAGAUGUUUGCUGGUGAAGCCCUGAGAGAAGAUGCAUGGGAUUUUAUUUUAACCAGCUUAUGUUUGCUUCACUCUUAGAAUCUAGCUAUGAAUUGUUUUAUGUCAGACUAUAUGAAGUCACUUGUAUGAUUGUUUUAAAGGGGAACGAUGUAUUCAUUUCCUUCUGAGCUUGGAAAAUUCCAAACAUGUUUUUGCAAAUGCACAUUUUAGCCACGAGUGUUUAUUAGAGGAAACGUCACUGCAUGGCGACAUAUGCAGUUAUCUAAGAUGUAUUGUGACUGAGAAGUAGCAGCUGAGGAAACAUUAAUGCUGCUUUAAUGUGUAGAGCAGUCGAUGCUGUGCCAGAGUUCUCAGUGAGAGUAGUAUUGAGCGGUGUGUUUUAUGGUGUCUGUGUUUGACGAGGAACGUUUACAGGAUGAUUUUCAUGUGUUCCAGCCGCAUCAGCGCAGACAUCAGUGUUUGACAUGAACUGGGAUUGUUUUCUGUUUUAAAGAAUGUGUCGCGUUGGUUGGUUAGAUCGAGCCAGAGUGAGCUCAGCUUUAGUUGCGACCGUCGUCGAUCAUGUCAUGUUCACAUUUACUGCCACUGAGGCCUUGACUGAACAAGCACAUAUGCCAAGCCGUUAAUGCAGUGUUUGGAGGUGAAUCCGGUCGUUGGAUGUAAACGUCCUGCUGUAUCUGACAUGAUCGGUCUGCAGAUUGAUCCAUAGGAGUGUUCAUCUGCUCCUGUGAUCUACCUCAAUUAACAUGAUUCUGGAAAUAUCAGCGGAUCGAAAGGGAAUAAAGAGAGACGUGUGUCUGUCCACAGUCACAGGAAUGAGGACCACCAAGUGCUCAUACUUCAUCCGUAUCCCAGGACUCUUCCUUGUUCUUCUGUUGUUGUUGUUGUUGUUUUUUGAGUUUUAUAUCUUGUGUUUCACAGAUGUUUUGCAACAAGCAUUAUUAGUGCCUUGACAAUAUGAUUGUUGAACAGCGAUGAAUUAUUGAUUUGUAUGGAAUCUUAACCAGCAGCUUCUAAAGCAUGUAUUUGACUCAUUUCAGUACGACACAAACACAUUUCACAGAAAAAAACAACCUUUAUCUGAACCUUAGCAGCAAUAUAUGCCGAGAGGUUUCUGUCUUUUAAAUUCAUUGGUUUAUUAAAUUCUCUCUUUUUUAAACCAUUUCCAUGUUUUUGAGAGGAUUGUGUCUUUUGUUUAUUUUUUUACAUGGUCCUUUUUGUAUGUUAUUUUUUAAAAUUAUACUGUUCAUGUAAAUCAUUGUUGUACACCAAACCAGAAAAGGUUUUGCUGCACACACACACAGACACACACACACACGCACACGCACACGCACACACUCACACUCAAACUC